CCCCCGUCCCCGCCAAAGGCGCCCCCGCCGCCAAUGUGUGUCUUCCGCGAGGGGAGUGAGAACCUGCAGCCCACUUGCUCCCCCAGCGCCUUGUACACCGCCGCGCUCUUCGACACCGUGGGAAAGGAGGGAAGCCAGUCUGCCAGGUCUACGGUGCUCGGCUCCUACUACAGCGACAAGUGCAGCAGCUACACCCCACCAGCUGGCCGGGCAGCGUGCAGGGCGGACCGGACGAACCGCUGCUACGUGCCGCUACGCGGAAGCUCCUGCCGCAGCUCGUAUUCGCAGGAGGCCCUCGAUGCCUCUGCCUACUGUCCGGGCACCAAGGCCGCAAGGCGCUCAUACUGCAUGACCCGCUUCGUGGAUGAGUGCACGGGCGAAUGCACCUGGAGCCUUGCUGCCGCUAAUAUUGCCGAGGCGCAGCGUCCCGCGCUUGAAACAGCCAAUGGCGGGCCGAUUCUGUAUGGCGCUUGCUUCACCACUGAGGAGGUCAACUACUACGUCUCGGCAAACAACACCUUGGACCGGGCCAAGCAGGCGGAGUGGACGGCUGGCAUCUAUCCAGACCUGGAGAACCCGGACACUUGGGACGAGCUGGCGGGCACAUGCUCUGUAGCCAUCAGCACCAAGCUGCUGAAUGACUACAGUAACGCAUGCCUGGCGGUGAACGUCGAUGACCCAGAGUCCUUCACCAUGCGCUACCGCCUCAACGUAUCGGACUUCGCGGCGUCAGUCAAAUGCCAGCAGCUGGGGUGUGCUGUCUCAUUCAUUGACUUCACCAAGCAGGGCAUCAUCCCGGACGGCACCAUCGACUUGGUGGCAGCCUCGGGUUACCAGUGCGUGCCCGAACCUGAGGAGCGGUACCGGCUGGUGUACCGCGAGGCCACUGACUACCCACUGCUAGAGCAGCUGCGGUCCUGCAGCUCCCCAGUGGCGCAGUUCGACCGGGCGGUGUGCGAGAGCAUGAAGCCCAGCAGCACCGAGGACAGCCGGCGGCGACGGCGCUGACUAGAUUGUCACCUUGGGCGUGAAGAACUACGAUAUUGGAAUUGUGGCGAGAGAGAGGCAUGGGCAUAGGCCAAGGUAUAGGCACGGCAGGAUGGACACGGCGGAGCAGGGGAUUGUCAGGAAAGGCAUGCGCGGUGCGUCCCGGAAGAAGCCCUGCCGCGUGGGCGCGGGUACAUAACAUCAAUGUGUAUAGAAAGGCAUAAGUGCUUGUGCUUGAGGAACUGUAAGACCCAAUCGCA